CCAUCAUCAAUGUUUAAUAUUUCUCCAUCGGGUUUUUUUCCGCUCUCUCUCUGCGAUCCUUUUAGAGGCUUUGCUUGGUCACCCGUCGCAACGACUCACAACUAGCUUAUUUCCUGUGUUCUUCCCUCAAGCUAGUGGGGUCUUCCAACAUGUUCAGACGCGCUGUUCUUUUCUUACUUCUCCUCUUCAUUGCCUCCGUCUUCGCCGUCCGGGGGCAGGAGUUGCGCCGCGUUGCACCUCGGCUUCGCGACCCUGUGCACGGAGACACGAACGCGAAGCGACUCGCAAGGGGCUUACCUCUUUUACCCCCAGCUCGAAGGAAGAAUAUUGAAGCCUCACGAACUGAGGCUGCCAGAAGGGCACAGGCAAGCGACACAAAUGUUUGGAUGGGAAAACUCCAAGUAGCCGACUCGAAUGGAACGACCCUUGGAUACCUCGCGCUGGCUGAUUAUGGCAAUCGGUACACCGUACGUGAGGAGUCGGAUGCCGCUACCUUCACAGCCUCGCUAAAUCCUCAGAGUGGUAUGACCUUCAGAAAUAAUAAUCCUCAAACUCCCUAUCCCUAUUUGGCGGGUCUCAUCGAACCGGAUGUUAUACUCCGUUGGAUGAAGACAACCUCUGCUAUUUUGGGGGGUUCAGCAUCGAAAUCUUCGCCCAAUAACAAACCUCAACUUGCCAUGAGUGAGCCACAAGUUGUUUCUAUAGAUGGAAUGCAAUUCGAGACUGCGAUUUGGAGCUGCAACUCAACUGGAGGCCUCACACCCGACGGGUGGACGGACCGUGAUGGGGGCCAGCCAGAGUUAUUCAUCGUGUGGGAUGGAAUGUCACAGACUAUCUAUCUCACUGCAGAUCGGGACGGCGUCGUCGCUAAUAAUCCUGACCCACAUGUUGUGACAUUAUCUCUGUCUUCCAACUAGAUAGAUAGCUUUGCUCCAGAUUUAAUAACUGGUGAUCGCCGCCUGACGCGGCAGAACCCACCACUCCUUUCCCUUGAUACAACAUGUAUUUGGAUGAGUACAAAGAGAGGAUUAAAGGCUGCUUUGCAGCCAUGACCUCGCUUUCCAAUCACAUGAACACUGCUAGG